GAUCACUGACUCAAGCUUAUGCUAUUAUUCUUACUACUACUACUACUCAGUUUAUUAUAACGAAAAUGAAACUACAAUCAGUAGUACAAUUUAGCAAGUUGAGAAUUUAAUAUAAUCAUCAGUAUAUUAUUAGCAAGUUGAUAGGGGGAUGCCAUUUCUGACGCGUGAUACUAGAUUGGUAGGACUAUGUAAUGUCUAUCAAUACCAUUCUACUCGUCUUUUUUUAGACAAUGACUAUUCUACCAGAUAACCACUCCAACAUCCAAAUCAUCUCACGCGUUUAGCCCCAGUAUUAUAACCAAAGACACAGAUCAAGUUGACGGAAAGCAAUGCACAGGAGACUCCUGACGUGUAUGCCUUCCAUCACCCACUACAAAAACUAAUUUAAAAGUGAAACAGCAUGCUGCAUUGAUCAACUUCAACCUGAAGAAUGUGCCGUAUACCACUGCAGAAACACGAACAAAAAGACCUCGUACCUCCCAUCAGUCAAGCUGCUUUGGCAGCGCCUGUUGUUUAUCACGGACAACCUUCUGGUUCUGGCUUCUGCCCAUGGCAUAUAUAUAACCAGCGACCGGCAACACCAGCAUUGCUCGCUCAUAACCAGUUACUUUUCAUCUCAUACCUGCAGUCAUUUGAUUGACCUGCUAUCCAGUUACUCAAUCUAAAAUCUGCAGAGAUCAAGCGUUUGCAACCUGUUUACCAGCCAUGGUUGGAGGAGGAGGCCACCAAAAUCCUGCAGCUGCUCAACCAGUAAAAAGGGAGAAAGCGAAGGUUCAAAAGAAUCCUCAUCAGCAAGCAGAGGAAAAGCCUAUGGACGUUGCUGUUGGCAUUGUUGUCGUCGUUGUUGGCGCCAUCAGUGCUGUUGCGACCUUCAUCCUUCUUGGUGCUGUCAUGGUCACCUUGGCGAUUGUUACAAUCAUUGUCGUUUGUGUAGUCACUGCUGCACAACAAUACCUUGAACAGGCGAACAAGAACAAAGCUUCUCGCUCAAGUGGCGGAAAUAAGUUCAUUGUGUUCAAACCUUCAGAAAUAGAUGCUGCAGUCAGCAAACGAGCGAAGUGGCUCCGUGGAACAGCUACAUAUAAUGUGUAUCGGUCAGAUUUUGAUGGAAUGGAUAUUGCUACAACUGUUCCCAAAGGAACACUACCAGAAUGGAUUUUGAUGCAAGAGUUUCAUCAAGCGAUUGAAAUCCUCAGAAAUAUCAGUCAUCCGAAUGUGGUUCCUUUCUUAGGAGCAUGCAUAGAGAAAAGGGCAAUCGUUUACCGAUUCAGAGAAAACAACACACUGGAAAGUCACCUCAAGUAUCUCACAUGGGAAAUCAGAGUGAAAUCCGCCGCCAGUAUAUGCUCCGGCCUCAUGUUCCUCCAUAGCAGAAAGCCCAAGCCGAUCAUUCACGGUGACCUGAAACCAAGCAACAUCAUAUUCAGGCCAGGAAAUGCAUGCAUGCUCAGCGAUUUCGGAAUGUGUUAUCUGUAUUCGAAAGAAUUUGGACGGCUUAUCACUGACCCUUGCAAGAUUCAGUUGGAUGUAUCUGCUCUGGGCAUCGUGUUGCUUCAGCUAGUUACAGGGAAACUAGAUGCAAAUGGUUUAAGAGAACGUGUGAUCUACUAUCUGGGAGAUGCUAAGGGGUUCUACAAGAAAACUUCAUCGCAGCAAAGAAAAAUCCUAGAGAAGAUUGUGAAUCUUGAGUUGAAAACAGACAGAACAUCAGAAGAUGUUGCCAGGAUGUUAUUCUUGGGAUUGAGGUGCAGCGAUCCAAUAUCGAAAAAUCAUCCAAGCCUCGCCACAGAAGUUUUGCCCCAGAUUGAGUCAAUGAAGAAGUAGUGCCUCUCAUACUUAAGUGGUGACGGCUUCAAGUACUGUGUGAUGAGGAGGUUGGCCAAUAUAUGGUUUCUUCAAGAAAUGGAAAAGAACAUGUCAUUGGACUUCUAUGUAAUCUAUUGUUGUUAAGUUCAACUCUUGAAUUAACAUUUCCUGUACCUAGUGCACCACCAGUUAAUAAUCUCGAUUGACAUUGGAUCUGAAACCUUGUAA